GGCAGGGUUUAAGGCUACGGCUUACCGCCUCUGAAUUUAAAGGGUCCGCCGCCUUCCCGAAGUUGGUUUGAAGGCAAAAGGUGGUUGUGCACCGCGCAUUGUCAUGGGACCUGUGCGGUUAGGAAUAUUGCUUUUCUUUUUGACAGUGACUGGUGCUUGGGCUGGGACGCCGAAAGAAGAGGACGAUGACACAGAACGCUUGCCCAGCAAAUGCGAAGUGUGUAAGCUACUAAGCAUGGAGCUACAGGAGGAACUGAGUCGCACUGGCCGAUCUCGAGAGGUCCUGGAGCUGGGGCAGGUCCUGGACACAGGCAAGAGGAGGAGACAUGUGCCUUACAGCAUUUCAGAGACAAGGCUGGAAGAGGCCUUGGAGAAUUUAUGUGAGCGGAUCCUGGAUUACAGUGUUCAUGCUGAGCGCAAGGGAUCACUGAGAUAUGCCAAGGGUCAGAGUCAGACCAUGGCAACAUUGAAAGGCCUAGUGCAGAAGGGAGUGAAGGUGGAUCUGGGGAUCCCAUUGGAACUGUGGGAUGAGCCCAGUGUGGAGGUUACAUUCCUAAAGAAGCAGUGUGAGACGAUGCUGGAAGAGUUUGAAGAUGUUGUAGGAGACUGGUACUUCCACCAUCAGGAGCAGCCCCUACAGCAGUUUCUCUGUGAAGGUCAUGUGCUCCCAGCUGCUGAAACAGCAUGUCUUCAGGAAACUUGGACUGGAAAGGAGAAGAUCACAGAUGGACAAGAGAAUGCAGAAGAAAAGGAGGAGGAGGAAGAAGAAGAGGAGGAGGAGGGGGAGAAGGAGGAGGAGAGAAUCAAGACUUCAGGCCACCCCAAGCAUGACCCAGAGGAUCUCUGACCCUUGCCUUUGAGCCCCCAGGAGGGGUCAUGGAGAAGAACCCUCUUAAGUCUCAGCUUUCCCUACCCCACAGCUUGAAGGGUGUGUGUGUGUGUGUGUGAGUGAUCCCACCCCAAGGCUUCUAACUGCUUUUUUCCCAAAUGACCUCAGGGAGGAUCUUGGGGAUGCAGGAUGACAUGACCAUGGGGAAAAUGGGGGAGCAGCAGGAGGAAGUCCUUCCAACACAUAUGAGCCUUCUGCCUGCCAUCCAACCACUUAAAUGGCAGGUGUGUGUGGUGACAGCAUUGAGCUUUCCUCUUUAAAGACAGUCAGCGAUGGCAUGGAGUUACGGGCCUUGAGAAAGUCACUAUGCCCCUCAAGAGAUCUGUUUUUGGACCCUUAUAAGAAAGAGGCCAGAACAGACAUUCUCUAUGACCUCACCCAGGAGGCUACAUACUAGCAAGCAGUGAACUAGACUAUGACAGUAGGUGGCGGUGAGGCAAUGAUAAGUUAGGUGGGGGUAAUUACUUGAUCUAUUCCGUAACUUCACGGGUGCCAUAUUUUCUA